GCAAGUCUCUCUGUUCGAAAAAAAAUUCCAUGCCGCGAAGAAAUACGUGCGUCGCUCCGUUGUGAAAACCAGUGAAAAUCUGAAAGAAAAGCGUGAAAACCACUCUAAGAAAUAAAAGUACGCAAAUUAGUAAACAAUGUGCUGAAACUAAUACCGAUUUGGUUGUAAUUUUAACUGUAAAACAAUGUUUUCGCUCUUUUUUUGGUGCUAAAACGACGCCGUCGCACUCGCGCCUUCUCUCUCUCCCACCCUCAAUUUUCUACUUGCUUUUGUGCUGGUCGUUCGCCAUAAGAUUGUUUACGAAUUGCUGUGAGUGGUAAAAGUGCAAAAGAUUGGCGAAAAUUACAAAAAAUCCAAUGGAGUCCGCAAUUAAAUGCCAUCAAACCGCAAAAAAUGUCGGGAAAAUGAGCCGGAAAAUGUGGUUGCUAUCUCUGCUGACGCUGGCAGCACUGCAACUGCGCUCGGGCAGCGAAGUGGCGGGACAUUUGAAUGUUUUCCUAAAUCCCGUGGAAGUGAUGCGUUUACUAGGUGUCUCUGCUGAGGUGUACUACGUUCGCGAGGGUCACAUAAAUAACUACGCCCUGAACUUUAUUGUUCCCGUACCGGCAAAUGUUAAGGACAUUAGUUUUACCUGGCAGUCGCUGGCGGGGCGUGGCCUGCCCUACAGCAUCAAUGUGGUCAGCUCCGAUCAGGAAGUGCUGCCCCGGCCGGCGAUCAAUGUGUCACACAGUGGAGAGAUCCCCACCAGCAUCCAAACCUGGGCCAUUGCCCUCAAGUGCAGCGGACUGAAGGCAGCGGAGGUGGACGUGACUGUUAGUCUGGAAGUGGUGCUGAAUCGAUCACUUAACAAUGUGACUCACCUGGUGUUUCGGCGCAAGAAGAUCUGCCUGGUGAGUGACAGUGCCGAGGGAUGGACGGAGGAGGAUGUGGACGAUCCCCAGCUGCUGGAGACGGUGAUGCUGCCACCCACCGGACUGAUCACCCUGGUGGUGGGUGUAUCCGUGGCCAUGGGCUCCGUGUGCCUGCUUCUGAUGAUAGCCUACUGUGUCAAGGGAGCAGCCAACAAGAGGCAGCAUCAUCAGCACGGCGGACAGCCCAUGAGGACGUCGAGUUUCCAGCGACUGAACACCCAUCCGCCUUGCCAGUCUUCCAUGGGUUCGGCGGCCUAUAUGACGCCAUCGAUUAUAGCCCCAAUUCAUGGUUCCUCGCUGCCUCGCAAAGUUCCCGUAUCCGUGGAGCAGCAGCAUCCGGAGGAGCUGCAUCGCCGUAUUUCCGAGUUGACCGUAGAGCGCUGCCGCGUACGACUCUCCAGUCUUCUGCAGGAGGGAACCUUUGGGAGGGUUUAUCGCGGCACCUACAACGACAACCAGGAUGUGCUGGUCAAAACGGUGGCUCAGCAUGCCAGUCAAAUGCAGGUGCUGCUGCUUCUCCAGGAGGGCAUGCUGCUGUACGGUGCCUCACAUCCCGGAAUUCUCUCGGUUCUGGGCGUUUCCAUCGAGGAUCACACCACUCCAUUUGUCCUCUAUCCCGCCCUGAAUAAUACCCGCAAUCUGAAGCUGUUCCUGCUGGAUCCGGCCUGUGCUCGCACAGUGACCACCAUUCAAAUUGUCAUGAUGGCCUCGCAACUGUCCAUGGCCUUGGAUCAUCUGCACAGCCACGGUGUGGUGCACAAGGAUAUUGCCACCAGGAACUGUGUCAUUGACGAUCAGCUGCGGGUGAAGCUGUCUGAUAGCUCCCUGUCCAGGGACCUGUUCCCCUCGGACUACAACUGCCUGGGGGACAGCGAGAAUAGGCCUGUGAAGUGGAUGUCCCUGGAGGCACUGCAGCACAAACAGUUCUCCGAGGCCAGCGACUCGUGGGCUUUUGGGGUGCUGAUGUGGGAGCUGUGCACUUCAGCUAAGCAACCCUAUGCCGAGGUGGAUCCCUUCGAGAUGGAGCACUAUCUGAAGGACGGCUAUCGGCUGGCGCAGCCCUUCAACUGCCCCGAUGAACUGUUUACGAUCAUGGCCUAUUGUUGGGCCCUUUUACCUGGCGAGCGACCGACCUUUGCCCAGUUGCAGUCUUGUCUUUCGGAAUUCUAUUCACAAAUCACGCGCUAUGUCUAGGACAUCGAAUCAUCCGAGGGGCGAGAGGCGAUCGGCUCUUUUGAAGAGACCCAGCGAUUUAACCUUAGUUAAACAAAGUCCUGUAGCCUACUUUACUAUCUUAUAACGAGAUUUGCCAAAUCGAAUGUUUAGCCUUGCCCAGGCAGGCCCUUCAUCUGUACAUAUAGUUAACAUAUUCAGCUCUUUAAGUACUUAUCUCUAAGAUUACUCUACGAUACACAUUUGACUCUCACCACAUAGAUGAAAUAGUUCAGUUUGCACAGUUCUCUUCUCUCAAUCCAUCAAAACUAGCUAAAACGAAAGCCGAAAUCAAAUAUAGUGAUAUUUAUCAAUAGGGUUAGUUAAACGCAUAAGAUUACACAUACAUAUUUAUGAUGCAUAUAAUACAUGUUGUAUGUUAAGCAUUUUUGACACUUUACCGUUUAUAUGAGAGAUUAAAACAUGAUAUACAAAUAUAUACACGUAUAUAUACACUCAUAUGUAUAUGCCAAAACAAUUCCAGAAA